UCCAUGGAACUAUUAAAUUUAACAAUUAAUCAGGAAUUCCUUCUCCUUGGACUCUCAGAAGACCCUGAAAUGCAGCCCAUCUUAUUUGUACUGUUCCUGCUCAUAUACCUGCUCACUGUGCUUGGAAAUGUGCUCAUCAUCUUGGCCAUCAGCUUUGAUUCCAACCUCCACAGUCCUAUGUACUUCUUCCUCUUCAUUCUUUCAUUGUCUGACAUGAGCUUCAGCAGCACCACAGUCCCCAAAAUGCUGAUAAACUUGCACACCUCUAACAAAUCCAUAACUUAUUCAGCCUGCCUAACUCAGGUGUCUUUCUUCUUCCUUUUUGGGUGUAUGGACAGCCUACUACUGACUGUGAUGGCUUAUGACCGAUGGGUAGCCAUUUGUCACCCUCUACACUACCAAGUCAUUCUGAACCCUCGUCUGUGUAGAUGUUUGGUCAUAGCGUCAGUUUGUAUCAGUCUCAUGGAUUUACAGGUUCACUGCUUCAUGGUGUCCCAACUAAAAUUUUGCACUAAUAUAAAAAUCCCUCAUUUUUUCUGUGAUGUGCCAGAGCUUCUAAAACUUGCUUGUUCUGGUACCUCUAUCAAUAACAUAUUGAUAUUUCUUGCCAGCAUGAUUGGUGGUUUCCUCCCUGCUUCAGGAAUCUUUUACUCCUACUAUAAAAUUAUUUCCUCCAUUGUUAGAGUUCCUUCAUUGUCAGGGAAAUAUAAAGCAUUCUCUACUUGUGGAUCUCACCUGUCAGUUGUUUGCUUAUUUUAUGGAACAGGUCUUGGUGUGUACCUUAGCUCAUCUAUUUUAAGUUCUUCCAAGGGAAGUGUGGUGGCUUCAGUAAUGUACACUAUGGUGGUUCCCAUGAUGAACCCCUUCAUCUACAGCUUGAGGAACAGGGAUAUCAAGAAAGCCCUCCAAAAAAUUUUCAGUCAAAUAAUAUAA